CCGCGAUUAGCGCUACGACGUGCACUUUGUGUAACAUGAACGGUUCACAUUUCGAUACGUGACGCGCCACGACGCGCUCGCCUCGAUAACAUCUGCAAAUCCAAUAUUUAAGCCGAUAAUGCGAUAGCGGCUUCACCAACACGAAUCACUUCGCCCGACCAUGUGAUCAGUUCGAUGAGAGCGAAAAUCGAACAAAAAAGUCACCCGUUAUGCCUCCCCAUGCCGGGAACAAAAAACGAAUAAAAGGACUAUUCCUGGAAUGCGCACAUGUGGAUGCCGGGUAACCGUGGGUGCAUUUAGUGACACAGUCGACCAAUAUGUCGCGGCGGAGGAACAAGUGGAUGCACCUGGUGGGCGGCAUCGUUACUGGCGUUGCCCUCGGCAUCUUCCUCAAAUUGUGCUUAAGGACAUCAGCGAGGACCGCGAUAGAGUCUUGCCCGGAAUCGGCGAAGCAGUACAUCGCCCAAGACCCUUUGGCAUUAAUAGGGAUGAAACCAGAAGAAACAGUGUCAAACUCAAACAGAACUUUGUUGUUUGUUGGUGUGAUGACGGCGCAACAGUAUUUAGAGACAAGAGCCAAGGCUGUGUACGAAACGUGGGGCCAGGAUUUACCCGGUCGAAUUGCGUUUUUCAGUUCAGAAGUGUCACGGGCGCCAGGAUUGCCUUUAGUUCCUUUAAAGACAGUAGACGAUAGUUAUCCUCCGCAGAAAAAGUCGUUCCUAAUGUUGUUGUAUAUGUAUGAGAACUACGGUGAUAGAUUCGAGUGGUUUAUGCGUGCCGAUGAUGACGUUUACGUUAGGGGUGAUAGGUUGGCGAAGUUUCUGCGAUCAGUGGACAGUCGGAAGGCGCAAUUUAUUGGCCAAGCGGGGAGAGGAACUGCGGCCGAGAGGGAUGCGCUGGCGCUUGAUUAUAAUGAAAACUUUUGUAUGGGUGGGCCAGGGGUGCUGCUAUCUCGGGAGACGCUGCGGCGGGUGGCGCCGCACGUCAAGUACUGCCUGAAGCAUCUUUAUACCUCGCACGAAGAUGUGGAGCUGGGCCGUUGCGUUGCGAAGUUCGCCGGUGUCUCCUGCACCUGGAGUUAUGAUAUGCAGACGAUCUUGCACCAUAAUAGCAGCGGCGCGGAGGCGUAUACUGGCCGGCUCAAGAAGCGAGAAGUGCACCGAGCCAUCACGCUGCACCCCGUGAAAGAUCAUCGGCACAUGUAUAGGAUGCACUCGUACUUUAAGAACCUUCGCAUCCAAGAAAUCCGCGAGGAGUCCCUCGAUCUGCAUCGCGCCAUCGCAUCCUCCAUGCACGAGCUGCAGGUUCCUCCAGAACAGGUUGAAGAUUAUAUGCUGCCUGGGGACGUUCCUCUAUUUCCUGUUAAGGUCGGAGAAGUGGGAUACUUGGGAGACAACACGAUUUUAGGAGCCCCGUUGGACAUGGGCAGAUACAAGUCAUCGACUUUCGAAGACAUCAUUCCGUUCGACUUCAUUAGCAAGUCGGUCUUCUCUGUCAGCCACGCAAACCCCAAGAGGCGUAUUGAACAGCCGUUGAAGGAGGCUCUUGAUGACGUCAUUAGAGAAGUGAUGGAAAUAAUAAACGCGCCGUCCCGGCAACGCGGGCGCGUGAUUGACUUCAACGAACUGCUGUACGGAUACACACGCCUCGACCCGCUGCAUGGAGCCGAUCACGUGUUGGAUCUUCUACUCAAGUACCGCAGAUACAGAGGACGGAAGAUGACAGUGGCGGUUCGAAGACACGCCUAUCUCCAGCAGUCUUUUACUAGUAUGGAUAUUCGAGAAUUGCCUAUGGGAGAACCACCGUUGCCGUUCGACGACGAUGAUCCCGAAAAUAACGAUUUUAGUGAUUACGAAGAUUUCGAUGACAGUAAACUCGAGCAGAGUAGCGUUCUCGAUUUUGGCAAACUAAACGUCAGAGAGGCUUUCCAAAGUGGCUUGAGUAAGUUACAAAAUCUGCCCAAUGUAUUAAAAUGGGGUGUUGCGAAGGAAGCAGAAUAUUCUAUAUUUGACAGAAAAAUACACUUCAUUCUUCCUUUAGCUGGUAAAUACGAGGUUUUUAUAAGAUUCAUGAAAAAUUACGAGGACAUAGUACUAAAAUUUUAUGAGGCUGUGACAUUAAUAGUCGUAUUAUAUUUAGACAGUAAGAGUCCUUUGGAUUACAAUAAUUCUGAAUCCCUUAUCAAGUACUACAUAAAUACAUAUGCACAAGAAAUUAAUGUCGUUGAAAUGGGAUCGACGACGUUUUCAAGAGGCGCGGCUUUAACAGAAGGACUAAAAUUGUGUUCUAGUGACGAUCUAGUGUUCUUUAUAGACGUGGACAUGAUGUUCAAUUUCGAUACCCUUAGGAAAAUAAGAAUAAACACCAUUAAGUAUCAUCAAGCUUACUUCCCAAUAGUGUUUAGUGAAUACAAUCCUGACGUAGUGAACGGUGAGGACUACAACAAAUUUAAAGAAGAUAGUCUUGUGACAAACACGGAUUUAGGUAAAUAUGUGAAUGACGAUACUGUUUCUAAAUCGGAUAGAGAAUUAGCGAAUUUGAAGUACAGUAAAGAGAUAAGUGAUGAUUAUGGGUACUUUAGACAGUACGGUUUCGGUAUAUUGAGUAUUUAUAAGUGUGAUUUUGAGAGGGUUGGUGGUUUUGAUUUGAAUAUCAAAGGGUGGGGUAAGGAGGAUGUAGAAUUGUUCGAGACUAUGAUAAAGUCAAAUUUGACGGUAUACCGUAUAGCAGACGAGAGUUUGGUGCACAUCUUCCAUUCUGUAGACUGUGAUAAGAACUUGGAGAAGAGUCAGUUCAUGAUGUGUCUAGGAACGAAAGCGUCGACGUAUGGUGGCGAGAAACAUAUGAAUUAUUACAUGUUGAAUCACCCAGAAAUAUUGUGGCCAGAAGAAGCGAAAGGUGCUAGCUAGUACAGGGUACUGCUUAUAAUAGUUUUGAUGAGAUUCUUGUAAUGCCAAUCGAUGACAAACAUAUCAUUAAGAAGUAAUUGAAUUGUUAAUGUCUUAAAGAAUGUUAAAAAAAUGUGGUUUUAUUUUUAUUGUACAAAAUACAAAUUUUAAGCGA